AUGUCGUGGAAACUCACCAAGAAAUUCAAGGAUACCCAUCUGGGGACCCUGAGCGCCUUUUCUCGAUCCCCCUCUACCUCGACCAUCACAGACAAGGACGACAAGGCUCAAAAUGCCACGGGCGCCACGACUCCGACCACCGACAACGCCAUUGCUGCCUCGGAAGCAACCAAGCGCCCGUCGUCAAGCCGCCCAAGCCCGGCAUCCUUGUCGUCACACUCCACGAGGGCCAAGGCUUCUCCCUGCCUGAGCAACACCGAGCUGCCUUUGCCUCGCAGCACCAGGGCUCACUGUCAUCUAGCAAUGCGGCAACCAUGGCCGGCUCAGUCUUUGUCAAUUCCGUCGAAGGCAACGAGAAUCCCCUCUGGGCAGGCGGCGGCACCAAAACCCAACCGCUGCUCCUGGGUCCGGGCGGGUCAGGACAUCUUUCUGGGCGUCGUUCGCAUCAAUCCUCGAUUCGAGGCGGCAGCCCAUGCCCAAGGCCAGAAGGGCGAAGGACAAAGCGGCGUCGAGUGGGUGGAUGUGCAGUACGGCAGUGGCAAGAUCAAGGUCGGCGUCGAAUAUGUCGAGACGCGAGCAGGCAAGCUCAAGAUUGAAGACUUUGAGCUGCUCAAGGUUGUGGGCAAGGGCAGCUUUGGGAAGGUGAUGCAGGUGGCGCAUACGCUCGCCGAGCGGUCUGUCUUGGCACAAAUCAACAAUCCCUUCAUUGUCCCCCUCAAGUUCAGCUUUCAGUCGCCCGAGAAGCUCUACUUCGUGCUGGCGUUUGUCAAUGGAGGAGAACUCUUCCACCAUCUGCAAAAGGAACACCGGUUCGACGUCAACAGAUCGCGCUUCUACACGGCGGAGCUGCUCUGCGCCCUGGAAUGCCUGCACGGCUUCAGCGUCAUCUACCGCGACCUAAAGCCCGAGAACAUCCUGCUCGACUACCAGGGCCACAUUGCGCUCUGCGACUUUGGCCUCUGCAAGCUCGACAUGAAGGACGAAGACCGGACGAAUACCUUUUGCGGGACGCCCGAAUACCUUGCGCCGGAGCUGCUGAUGGGCAAGGGCUACAACAAGACGGUCGACUGGUGGACUCUGGGCGUGCUGCUGUACGAGAUGCUGACUGGCCUGCCUCCCUUUUACGACGAAAACACCAAUGAAAUGUACCGCAAGAUCCUAUCAGAGCCACUGCACUUUUCGGAUGUGCUGCUGCAGCGCAAGUAUGAGCCGACCUUUAAGCCCAGCGUGGCUGACGCGCUGGAUACGGCCAAUUUUGACCCCGAGUUCGUCGGAGGCGCCCCAAGACUCUUACGUGGACGGCCCGAUGCUGUCGCAGACAAUGCAGAACCAAUUCCGGGGUUCAGCUAUAACAGGCCCAUUGCGGGGCUUGGCAUCGAAGGCGGCGGAAUCAGACGUCCAGUAUUUGAAGGCUCCACCGUCCAAACCGACUCAACCGACGGCAAGCUCGGCCACUGGAGAGCGCGGUUAUCUCGGUUGACCCUGACGCUCCUCGAUAGCUUCCGCUUGCUCCGCCCAGACAGACUUUAG